AUGGACAUCGGCGGCCUCGAGACCAUGGUGGCCAACACGGCCUACGUGGCUGCCCGCGGGGACACUGGGAUGACCUCUGGCCGGGACCGGCGGAUGCGAGCCAGGCUGAAGCUGCCACACAUCACCGCUUGUGAACACCUGAAGGAUACCUUGGACCUGGACUUCAACUACAUCUGCGUGAGGCAGCCCAUAGGCAAGAAGCUCUUCCAGCAGUUCCUUGAGGAGACGAACGAGUUCAGGGCGGCGGGCAGCCUGUGGUUGGACAUGGAGGAGUACAGCAUGGCGGAGGAGACCGAGAGGCCCCCAAAGGCCCAGCAAUGCAUCAACAAAUACUUUGAUUCGGCCUCCAAGGAGUUCUGCUCCUUCCUGGAGGAGAAGGCCAUCAUGAGGGUGAAGGAAGACGCCAAGCAUGGACACGGCGACCUCUUCAAAGAGUCCGAGCAGCAUCUGCUGAAGUUCCUGGAGGAGAACGCCUUUGGCAAGUACCAAGAGAGCCUCUGCUUCUCCCGCUUCCUCCAAUUCAAGUGGCUGGAGUCCCAGAGCGUGUCGGAGGAGUGGUUCCUGGACUUCCGGGUGCUGGGCAAAGGGGGUUUCGGAGAGGUGUGUGCCUGCCAGAUGCGGGCCACGGGCAAGAUGUACGCCAACAAGCGGCUCAACAAGAAGCGGCUCAAGAAACGGCAGGGCUACGAGGGGGCGAUUAUAGAGCAGAGGAUCCUGGCCAAAGUCCACAGCCGCUUCAUCGUCACGUUGGCGUACGCCUUCCAGACCAAGCAUGAUCUCUGCCUCGUCAUGACGCUGAUGAACGGGGGAGACCUCAGGUACCACAUGUAUAAUGUAGACGAGAACAACCCUGGCUUUGAGGAAUCCCGGGCGGUCUUCUACGCAGCCCAGAUAAUCUGCGGCCUGGAGCAUCUUCACCAAAACCGCAUCGUCUACCGGGACCUCAAGCCAGAGAACGUCUUGCUGGACGAUGCAGGGCAUGUUCGUAUUUCGGAUUUAGGCUUAGCAACAGAAAUACCAGAGGGGCAAGAGAAGACCAAAGGGUUUGCAGGCACACCAGGAUUUACUGCUCCAGAGCUCCUGAAAGGGGAGGAGUACGACUACAGCGUGGACUACUUCACUUUGGGAGUAACUCUGUAUGAAAUGAUCGCAGCGAAAGGAGCUUUCCGGACCCGGGGGGAGAAGGUAGAGAACAAGGAAGUGACGCGCCGCAUCCUCCACGAGCCCGUGGUGUACAGUGAGAAGUUCAGCACCGAGUGCAAGUCCUGCUGCGAGGGACUGAUGGCCAAGGACCCGGCCCAGCGCCUGGGCUUCAAAAACAACGCCUGCUCCGAACUGAAGAAGCACCCCCUCUUCCGAAAAAUGAACUGGAGCCGACUCGAAGCAGGUUUGUUGGACCCGCCCUUCGUGCCAGACCCCAAGGUGGUCUAUGCCAAGGACAUUGACGACGUGGGUGCCUUCUCCACGGUGAAGGGCAUCAUGUUGGACGACAAUGACAAGGCGUUCUAUGAUGACUUCUCCUCGGGGAACGUCCCCAUCCCUUGGCAGGAGGAGAUGAUCGAAAUGGGCAUCUUCGAGGAGCUGAAUGUCUGGGGGCCCAAAGGCUCCGUCCCUCCGGAUCUGGACCGCAGCAGCAAUCCGAAUGCCCCCAAGUCAGGGACUUGCAGUAUCUGUUGA